AUGGUUUCUUUCAAAGAAGAGAGCAACAAACUAUCAAAUUUCUCAGAUUUCGCGCGUAAAGCACUAGAAGAAUUUAAAACCUUCGUCCAGGAGGCAAUUAACACCGAUGUUUUCACAUUGGCAUUGCCCUCAGAUACCUCGAAUGUAGCCGAAGAAUCUAGCCGCCACACGACACUCAUCUCCACCUCAAGCUCCGGUCUCCUCAUUUUCUCUGGAUUGGAUUCUAUCAAUCAUUGUUCAAACACAUUCGCCCCCUUACCUGGAUCCGUCCCUGGUAGAAUCCAAUUUAUAAUGGCUUCCUCGACCAUCAUUCCAAGCUCUUCACCUCUCAUCAAGAAAGACGUGGGUUUCUCAGCCUUCUCUUCACAGCCUUCAUUUUAUAUACAGAGUUCCAAGAAAAGGGUCUUCAAGAAAAUUGCGUCUGUGAUGGCACCACAACAAUCUGAGCGCAAACCAUCCACUACUGGUUCGGUCAAAACUGGGUUGACCAUGACUGAGAAGAUGCUAGCAAGGGCUUCAGAGAAAACCCAGUUGGUCCCUGGUGAGAAUGUAUGGGUGAAUGUUGAUAUUUUGAUGACCCACGAUGUUUGUGGCCCUGGUGCUUUUGGAAUUUUCAAGAAAGAGUUUGGAGAAAAUGCAAAGGUCUGGGAUCGCGAAAAGGUUGUUAUCAUACCAGAUCAUUAUAUCUUCACUACUGAUGAACGAGCAAAUCGUAAUGUGGAUAUCUUGAGGAAUAUCUGUACUGAGCAAAAUAUUAAAUAUUUCUAUGAUAUUAAAGACCUCGGGAAUUUCAAGGCGAAUCCAGAUUAUAAAGGUGUAUGUCAUGUAGCUCUUGCCCAAGAAGGACAUUGCAGACCUGGAGAGAUCUUGCUGGGUACAGACUCACACACAUGUACUGCUGGAGCAUUUGGUCAGUUUGCAACUGGAAUUGGUAAUACUGAUGCCGGUUUUGUGCUGGGUACCGGAAAGCUCUUGCUUAAGGUGCCUCCAACUUUGAGAUUUGUGAUGGAUGGCGAAAUGCCUGAAUAUUUGCUUGCGAAGGAUUUGAUUUUGCAAAUCAUUGGUGAAAUAUCAGUCGCUGGUGCAACAUAUAAAGCUAUGGAAUUUGUUGGUACUACUGUUGAAAGUUUGACAAUGGAAGAAAGAAUGACAUUGUGCAACAUGGUUGUUGAAGCUGGGGGCAAAAAUGGUGUCGUCCCUGCUGAUAAUACCACAUAUAAGUAUCUCGAGGACAAGACCACUUUGCCAUAUGAGCCCGUUUAUAGUGAUGGACAAGCAAGAUUCCUUCAAGAGUACAAGUUCGAUAUCUCAAAGUUGGAGCCUUUGGUGGCUAAGGUGAGCGAUGCAAAGGAUUUUAUGGCUGCAGCCAAAGUUUUCCUUGCUUCAGGGAAAAAGGUCAAAGUUCCAACAUUCCUUGUUCCUGCUACGCAAAAGGUCUGGAUAGACAUAUAUAGCCUCCCAGUCCCAGGAUCGGGUGGUAAAACUUGCUCGCAGAUAUUUGAAGAAGCUGGAUGUGACACACCUGCAAGUCCAAGUUGUGGUGCUUGUUUGGGUGGACCCCGAGACACGUACGCACGCAUGAAUGAACCUCAGGUCUGUGUCUCAACGACAAAUAGAAACUUCCCUGGUCGUAUGGGCCAUAAAGAAGGACAGAUUUAUCUAGCUUCUCCAUAUACAGCUGCAGCAUCGUCAUUGACUGGUUUUGUGACUGAUCCGAGAGAGUUUUUGCUGUAA